AUGCUAAGCCGAAAUUGUCAUUGCCGUGUCUCUCAGAUUUCUGUCCUUAUUGAUAAGCAUCCGAUUGCCACAUUCUUAUCACCACGUCCUCUCCGUGUCCCUCUUGCACCUCAGGUGGACAGUAUUCUCCUCAUGAUCAACCAUGCCCUGUCCAAUCAGCUGGAUUGGGGUGAAUUGGAAACGCGGCUGACAGAGGCCAGAGCACAAGGCGAUUCAUUGGCCAUUCACGUGACACAAUUGAAUCUGCAGUAUAACCAGAUCACGAUCCGGUUAAGUGAUCCGUUCGUGCACAGCUCGGAAUCGGACCGCCCGGACAGCGAGAAGGAACGAUCGAGUGAGGGAUACGCGUCCGGGAUUGAUGUGGUCGUUGAUUUGGAUCUAAACGCAUUGAAUAACGCUCGCAAAUAUUACGACAAAAAGCGUGCUGCUGUCAAAAAAGAGGAAAAGACAUUGGUCGCUUCGCGUAAAGCCCUGAAAUCUGCCGCUUUCAAAGCCGAACAAAUGCGCAAGGAUGUGAAAACGCUCGUCCAGAUUGCCAAAGUACGAAAACCGAUGUGGUUUGAGAAAUUUUUCUGGUUCAUCAGCUCUGAGAACUAUCUGGUCGUGGCCGGUCGUGAUGCGCUACAGAAUGAGGCUUUGGUCAAGCGUUACCUCGGUCCAGACGAUAUCUAUGUGCAUGCCGAUUUGCACGGGGCCAGCAGUGUGAUAAUUAAAGCCAGACCUCUUCUACCCGAAGAGGCCGUAUCCGAGUCAAGUAAGCUCGCAUUCCAAUUCUUGUUCGAUUUCCCGCUUUGGUGUAUAUUCGCUUUGUCUCUGGGCCCAGCUUUAGGUUCAGCGCGCCUCCGUCCCUUCCCCGACUUACUUAAUGAUGAAGUGAGACGAGCGCCACCGGAAGAAGGCAAAGACAAGCGAUCUGUGGGUGAACCCGGUUGUGUACGCAGCAUCGCACGAGGCCAAGUCAUUCUGCGGUUCAUACCGAUUAACAUCUCGUUAUCCGGUGUCGAAUGUGCUGAUCCAGCACCAACUGCACCCCCCGUCAUACCCAUUCCACCCCAGAAAACUCUGACCGAAGCAGGCACAAUGGCUAUCGUGCUCAGCUCGGCCUGGAACGCUCGUGUCGUAACCAGUGCGUGGUGGGUACGAGCUGAUCAGGUCUCAAAAACCGCACCCAGUGGUGAAUAUCUCAACACCGGUGCGUUCAUGAUACGUGGUCGGAAAAACUAUUUACCAAUGAGCAACUUCUUCUAUGGCUUUGGGAUCUUGUUCAAGAAUAUCCAAUGGCUGAUGGGAAAAAUUAUUUCCACACGAGGCAAACCUAAACCCGCACAAACCAAAACAGGCGCAAAACAUGUGGGCAGUGCGAAAACUGCUUCUCGAAAUGCUGAGACCGGUAAGUCGUUAUCCAAGAGGAACAAACCGCCUGGACAAACAAAUACUGGGGAUAAAUCGACCGCUCAUUCGGACCCGGUUCUGAACGGGACGUUGAAAAACAAGCCACUGAAACGGGGUCAAAAAUCGAAAUUGAAGAAAAUAAAACAAAAAUAUGGUGAACAGGACGAGGAUGAGCGUCAAAUACGGAUGGCGCUGUUGCAGGGUGAAGGUGCGAAACUAAGCCAACACCACCAGCGACUGUUGUCGGACCGUGAAUACGCCGCAGAUAUGAAAACGGCCACGGAUUCACAGAUGCCAGCUGAAAGUGAGGAGUCUUCACAUUCGGAUCCCGAGAGUGGUAACGAACCAUCGAAUUCCGGUCGCGGUUCAACAGAUGACCCACCACCACAAAGUCCAAAUGCAGACUCUGAAGAAGCAGAGGACGAAGAGGCGAAUGAUGCACUGCCAUCGGCUGUCGGUGCAGCGGAUUCAGAUGGUGACGAUGACGAUGUAGCGCUCUCUGUGCGACCAGACCACUCUCGACCAACCGAUAACAACUGGCUACACUUGAUGGACACGUUCACAGGCAAACCCAUCGAGGACGAUGUGCUUCUGUACGCUUUGCCAGUUUGUGCUCCUUAUUCUGCGUUGAGUAGCUACAAGUUCAAGGUCAAACUCACCCCGGGAAAUGCGAAACGUGGAAAAGGUGAGUGUCUGCCUAUUUUCGCUUGCGCUCCUUCGAUAGCCGGAUUCCGGCUGUUGUUGAUCGGAUUUAGGAUUUUGCUCCGUUUUUUUUUUAAAUUAUACACCGGUGUGUGA